ACAAAAAAAAAAAAAUCCAAUGCUGGGGUGGGGCAGUAGACCCCUCCACCGCACCCCCCACCCCAUCUUACAGAUAAAAAGGUGUUUGGCGCCGAGCAGCAGCUAUUUGAGGACAGAAGGGCCACAGAUGCUGCCGCGCACCGGGACCAUGCGGAGCUCCAAGCUGCCCGGCGGGGCGCUCCUCUGCGCGCUGCUGCUGCUCUCCGCCGCGGGAGCGCAGCUGCUGGAUGAGGAGUCCGAGGAGGAGCUGAGCCCCAGAGCCCUGCGGGACUUCUACCCCAAAGGUCCGAACCUGACCAGUGAGAAGCAGCUGCUCGGAGCUCUCCAGGAAGUUUUGGAGAAGCUGCAGGCCAAACGGCUGCCGUCCUGGGAGAAGAAGUUUGGUCAAGUUCCGACGUGUGACGUGGGGGAGCAGUGCGCCGUGAGGAAGGGCGCGCGGAUCGGGAAGAUGUGCGACUGCCCGCGCGGAGCUUUCUGCAACUUCUUCCUGCUGAAGUGCUUAUGAGCCUGCCCGGGUCCAGCUGCUGCGUCAUGCUCCGCAGGUUGAUUCUGUUCACAUCUUUCUAAGAAAGACAGCAGGAGAGAGAACGCGCGCGCGGUGAGGAGCAAGAGCGGCCGCCUCUGUGAAGUUUCUGUGGUCCAUCCCUUCAUCUGAGGGCAACUCUGUUCAGGGACUCUUCAUCCUCGUCAUCCUCUCCUCUCUGUAAACCUCAGCUGCUUGGUUCCUGUUAAAUGUCCCGUGUCUGAUUUGUGCAAAUAAAAGCGGAUCUAUCCAGUUGUUUUGUAAA